CUUGCCAGAGCUGACGACAUGGCAAGCAACAACAGAACUGAGCGUACACCAUUGCUCAAUGGUGACGCCCCAACAGGUGACCGGAGCGAAGCCAGGGAGUCGUUCGGUACGCGUAUGAAGCGCUUCUUGCAGCGCAAUGGCGUCUACCUCAUCAUCAUUCUCCUGCUCAUUCUGGUCCUCGUUCCACUCCUAGUGCAGACCAUCCGCGGCAGUGGCAAGAAGCACAAGCAUCAUGAUUCACAUGGUGAGAAACCAUCCGACCCGCAUAGCAACUCCACCGAGCUCUGCACAUCAGCUGCAUGUGUGCUCGCAUCUGCAAACAUUCUUCGUAGUCUAUCGCCAAGUUACGAAAUGCUGGACCCUUGUGAUGACUUCCGGGCUUAUGUCUGUGCUGGCUUCGACGCUGCCCAUGAGAUCCGAGAGGACCAAGCAGGCGUUGGCAACCUCCAGAUCAUGAACGAGAACAACCAACUCAUCCUGAAGCAUAUCUUGGAGUCGCCUGCCCCGAAGGACACGUCGCUCUUCUGGACAGCCGCCAACCCGGACCAGGAGAUCUUCGACAAGCUGCAGGACGGCUACAAUGCUUGUAUGAAUGAGUCCUUACUCGCUUCAAUUGGAUCAAAGCCCCUGCUGGAUCUGCUCUUGCAACUCGACAAGAUCUACCCUACUGAGAAGUCGAAGAAGAACAAGGAUGACAACUCUCUCACAAAGGCCAUCGAAUUCCUGAUGAGCAUCGGCGUUGGGGGCCCCGUCUCGAUCGAUGUCGGCGCUGAUGACAAGGAUCCAGACACUAACGUCAUCUCCGUCGGUGCACCAUACUCUUUUGGACUUCCCAGCAAGCAGUACUACGAGCGCGCCGAGGUUGUUGACUCAUACAAAGAAACCAUUGGAAGCGUGCUGGAAGCACUUCUGAAGGAAGCCAAGCCUGAUGCGCUCUUAUUCAUGUCUGACAAUCAGGAUAUGAUUGUACUAAGCAAGGAUCUCGUGGACAGCCUUGUGGCCCUCGAGAAGUCCAUGGCCAAUGUCGCACCAGACCCAGAGGAUGCUGCAGAUGUCACGAAGUACUACAAUCCCCGUACUUUGAAAGAGACUGAAGCCUAUAACUCGGAAAUAUCUGUCAAGGAGAUUCUUGACACGUUCGCAAGCGGUUACACACCUUCAAAGAUCAUUGUUGGUUCGCCUGAUUAUCUCAAGGCACUGGAGAAGAUUCUCAAGUCCUCCUCGCGAAAGACCAUCAAGACAUACCUGGUGUGGAAGGUGGUUCAAUCAUGGGCCGGAGCUGUAGAAGAUCCAGCCGUACAACCGCUGUUGCGAUUCAGAAACAAGCUCCGAGGCCAAGCUCCGGACGUGAAGCAGGAGCGCUGGAGAACCUGUGUGAGUAGUGUUGGCAACGAUCUUGAAUGGAUCAUGAGUCGCUUCUUCGUAGAGAGGGCUUUCUCCAAAGAAGCAAAAGACCUCGGCGACCAGAUCAUUCUUGACAUCAAGGAUGAAUUCUCUAUAAAGCUCAAUGAAUCAGAGUGGAUGACCGAAAGCGUGCGCCAGCUGGCUAUCGAAAAGGUUCAUCUCAUUCGCCAGAAGAUCGGAUACCCAACUCAAAGUCCUGAUAUCACCAACGCAGGAGAGUUGCAAGAGUACUACAGCAAUGUCAGUAUCUCGGCGACAACCUUCUUCGAGAACAAGCUGUCAGUCGUCAGACAGGAUGUGCGUGAAUCUUGGGCACAAGUUGGUAAACCUGUUGACAAGGACGAAUGGGGUAUGAGCGCACAGACCGUCAAUGCCUAUUACAACCCUCCUGGUAACGAGAUUGUGUUCCCGGCUGGUAUCAUGCAAGCUCCUGUCUUCUAUGAUCCCUCUAUUCCCAAGUAUCUCUCAUACGGAGCCUUUGGAGCUGUGGCUGGUCACGAAUUGUCGCACGCUUUCGACUCUUCCGGCAGAAACUACGAUCAGAACGGCAAUUACACUGACUGGUGGGACAAUUCUACAAUCCAGGCUUUCAAGACCAAAACAGACUGCUUUGUGGAGCAAUACCACAACUACACUGUUCCUACCAAAAAUGGACCUCUGCCAAUCAACGGCAAGCUUACUUUGGGAGAGAACAUCGCUGAUGCUGGUGGCCUUACUGCGGCGUAUCAAUCUUGGAAGCGUCGCGAUGAUGAGAAAGCAGACUUGAUGCUUCCCGGCUUAGACCACUUCACCAAGGAGCAGAUCUUCUUCCUCGCAUACGGACAGACGUGGUGUGGCAAGAUGAGAGAGGAGCAAGUCGUGCAAAGAAUCUACACGGACCCUCACAGUCCUGACAUUUUCAGAAUUAAGGGUACAACGGCCAACUCGCGCGAAUUCAGAGAAGCUUUUAGCUGCCCUGUCAAGGAGCCCACUUGUGAAUUGUGGUAGGCAUGGUAUGCAAGCAUGGUCUUACAAGCGAGCAUGUAUCUUUAGCUUUGUUUUGAGAUAGCAUAUGUGUGUAGUAAAGAAUGCAUUGGGGGUAACAUGAGAAG